UUUUUUUUUGUGAAAGAAAAUUUUGAAGCGGACUUCUCGAGCUAACCAGUUUUUUUAAAAAUUUGAUUCUUGUUCAAUCUACCGCGAAUUAUCUAAAAUUGACAAACAAAGAUGCUAAGAAAACAAUCAGCAAAGUGUUAAUACAUAAACGAUGAACUCCAUGGUGACUUUACAAUUUGGUGUUUAACCUCAAAAGUGAAAACCCAAUCGGGAGGUUUUGUUAUUCUCAUUCGAACUGCUUGAUUUGGAUUAAACUGUAACGCCAGAGAAGCACUCAACCGCCAGUCAACAUGUCGUCGGCGGUUGCACCAUUUGUAAGUGGGCUGAAAUCUCGCUACAGGGAUGAGCAAAACAAAGCAGCUCAAAAGUUGUUUUUGUACGUGAAAACCGAACUGCGGGAAAUGCCUGACGAAGAGCUUGUUCAGUUCUUUGAUGCCUUCAACCAUCACAUCUUUGACAUGGUCUCCAGUCCGGAUGCAUACGAAAAGAAGGGAGGAGUUCUUGCCAUAAAAUGCCUAAUCAGCGGUGACGUCGUAAACACGACGACCCGAAUUUCGAGAUAUUUGAAUAAUUUGAGGAAUUUACUUCCGUCAAAUGAUGUGUCGGUGAUGGAACUGGCUGCAAAAACGUUGGUCAAGCUAUUGCUCCUACCCGGUUCCAAAGGUGCUGAAACUUUUGAAUUCGAGACCAAACGUGCAUUUGAAUGGUUAUCGGAAGAGCGAAACGAGGGCCGACGACACGCUGCCGUAUUGGUACUACGUGAGUUGGCUGUUGCGAUGCCGACGUAUUUUUAUCAGCAAGUUUCCGGAUUCUUCGAGCACAUCUUCAACGCAAUUCGUGAUCCGAAGCCAAUUAUUCGAGAUGGGGCCGGUCAGGCCCUGCGUGCUGCUCUUGUGGUGACCUCGCAAAGAGAAAGUGCCAAGCAGCUGAAUAAACCGCAAAUUCUGUGGUACAAACAAUGCUACGAAGAGGCAAUCGUGUGCUUCGGUGAGGUGCCAAUCAAAGAGAAAGGUGUUACCAAAGAUGAUCGCAUUCACGGCGCAUUGAUCGUACUGGAUGAACUGUUUCGCUGUGCCAAUGUCGUGUGGGAGCGUCGAUAUUCGUCGUUGCGAUUCCUCGAACCCGAACCGAAGAGGCCGAUGUACGAGGACUUCACGACCAUUUUACCGAGAUUCAAGGCGCCGUUCAUCGAGAAAUUGCAUUCGCAUCAAAAUGUUCAGACCACCUCUCUGUACGACAUCGAAAGCAGUAAAUCGUUGAGCAGUUUGACCGAGUCGACCGUGUGUCGUCAGAUUCUGCUGGACAAUUACGAAGACAUUUGCGCCAAAGUGUUGGACCAACGCGUUUCUAAGUCGACGCAUGUCCAACAAACAUUGUACUCCAUUUUGCCGAGACUAGCCGCCCUAAGUAAAGACAUUUUCGUGAAGAACUAUCUGAAGAUUACGGUCAACUUUCUGCUAACGACCCUGAAGGGAAAGGAGAAGGAUCGGAACCUAGCGUUUGUUACACUCGGAUUCCUAGCUGUGGCCGUUGAGAAUGACAUCAAGAAAUACCUACCGAGCAUUGUGGAAAUCAUUAAGUCCGCUCUGCCUCCCAAAGAUGCUGUAAAGCGGAAAACAACCGUCGAUCCAUCGGUUUUCAUGUGCAUCACAUUGUUGGGACAUGCAGUAAAGAGUGGAAUAUCACAAGAGAUUACCGACACACUGGAAUCGAUGAUAUCGACCGGACUGAGUCCAGCUCUGACGAUAUGUUUCAGAGAAUUGGCUGAAAAUGUGCCCGUCGUUAGACGUCAGAUAUCGGACGGAUUGUUGAAAAUGUUGUCGCAGGUGCUCAUCAAUUCGGGACCGAAUCAAGAUGUUCAGACCAUUGUGCUAGCGUUGAAAACCCUCGGCUCCUUUAAUUUCGACGGUCAAAGUUUGUUGGAGUUUGUGCAGCGCUGUUCCGAUUAUUUUGUGGCGAGCGAGCAACAGGAGAUACGAUUGGAGGCGGUGCAGACUUGUAGUAGACUGUUGAAAAUUGCAUUGCAAACCGAUGUGACCGAGGAAAGUGCUGUUUCUCCAACAUUGAAAGAUACCAUUGCUCAUGUACUCGAACGACUGCUAGUGGUUGGUAUCACAGAUGUAGAUCCCAAUGUCCGAUUACGUGUGCUCCGUUCACUAGACGAUUCAUCCUUUGACGAUCAUUUGGCCCAACCGGAGUCGUUGUGUGCACUGCUGGUAACAUUGAACGACGAAGUGUUUGAAAUUCGUGAGCUGGCAAUCAUAACCAUCGGACGUUUGACAUCGAUAAAUCCGGCGUAUGUAAUGCCGAGCAUGCGAAAAACAUUGGUGAAUCUACUUACCGAACUAGAACACUCCGGCAUGAGCCGCAACAAAGAGCAAAGUGCACGAAUGCUUGACCAUUUGAUAGUGAAUACGCCGCGGUUGAUUUCGUCGUACAUGCGACCAAUAUUGACAAUUCUUGUGCCCAAACUGAAAGAGCCCGAAUCCAAUCCCGGUGUGAUAUUGAAUGUGUUGCGAGCGAUCGGUGACUUGGCUGAAGUGAAUGGCGGUAGCAACGAAAUGGAACGUUGGGCGGACGAAUUAUUGGAGAUUUUGUUGGAAAUGUUAGCCGACGCUGGCUCACCGGACAAACGAGGUGUUGCAUUGUGGACGCUCGGACAACUGGUCAGUGCAACUGGCAAGGCUGUGUCACCAUACCACAAAUAUCCGUUUUUGAUCGACAUUCUGAUCAACUUUUUGAAAACGGAACAACAGCGAUCGAUCCGUAGAGAAACCAUUCGGGUUCUGGGACUACUUGGAGCCUUAGAUCCAUACAAGCACAAAAUCAACAAGGGCCUGAUUGACAGUCAAAAGGAUACGGUGCUGAUAUCGGUGUCCGAUUUACGGAACGACGAACAUUUGGACUUAUCGACAGCGGAAAUGCUUGUGAACAUGAACAACAACCUGGAGGAAUACUAUCCAGCCAUAGCCAUUUCGACACUGAUGCGAAUUCUUCGCGAUCAGACGCUGUCCCAGCAUCAUACCAGCGUUGUGCAGGCGGUUACAUUCAUAUUCAAAAGUCUUGGCAUCAAGUGUGUACCAUAUCUGUCGCAGGUACUGCCGAACUUCUUAUCAAACGUUCGCACGGCCGACAUGACCCUUCGUGAAUUCCUCUUCCAACACUUGUCCAUUCUGAUCGAGAUCGUGCGGCAACACAUCAUCGCUUACAUGGACGACAUAUUCAAAUUGAUCAAAGAAUUUUGGACGGUCAACACUCCGCUGCAAGGGACGCUGAUCAAUUUGAUGGAAAAAAUUGCCAUCGCAUUGGGAUGCGAAUUCAAAAUUUAUUUGUCGCAACUGAUGCCCCAAAUGCUGCGCGUUCUGACGCACGACACAUCGAGGGACCGAACCGUGACCAUAAAACUGUUGCAAGCACUGCAACGGUUCGGCAACAAUUUGGACGAGUAUCUGCACUUGAUUCUGCCGCCGAUUGUCAAGCUGUUCGAUCCAUCCGAAUUAACACACGCCGUGUCAGUGGCUGCUCUAGAAACCGUCGGCACGUUGGCAACAAUUUUGGACUUUACCGACUAUUCGUCCCGUAUCAUUCAUCCGCUGGUGCGAUGCCUUGACUUGAACGCCGACCUACGGAUAUGUGCCAUGCAAACGCUGUGCUCGCUGGUCGUACAGUUGGGUAAAAAGUACGUCGUUUUCAUUCCGCUAGUGCAACGCGUCAUUACCAAACAUCGAAUAUCGUGUGCGGAAUACGACAAACUGCUGCCGAAAAUCAAGAGCAACACGACACAGUGCAUUGAAGAUGAGUUUCGUAUGCGUCAAGCCAAGUUUAAGAAUCGUGACGGUGCCUUAAGCUGCAGCGAUAUGAACACGAUCAAAAAGCUGAAUGUGUCCGCAUCGGAUUUACAGUUGGCAUGGCAAGCAGCUAGACGAGUUUCCAAAGACGAUUGGUUGGAGUGGCUAAGACGGCUGAGCAUUGGACUGUUGAAGGAGAGUCAAAGUCCUGCGUUGCGAUCCUGUCGUACACUGGCUCAAAACUAUCCGAAGCUGCUGAGAGAUUUAUUCAACGCAGCGUUUGUGUCUUGCUGGACAGAACUCUCUGCUAAUAUGAAAAAAGAGUUGGCCAACAGUUUAGAGCAAGCCCUGCAAGUGCAAGAUAUGCCGGAGAUCACUCAGGCUAUAUUGAAUUUGGCAGAAUUUAUGGAACAUUGCGACAAGGAUCCACUACCAAUUGACUUUAAAUUGUUGGGAGGAAGAGCCAUGGAAUGUCGUGCUUAUGCCAAAGCUCUUCAUUACAAGGAAGAAGAAUUCCACAAUUACCACGACGUCAAUAUCCGCGCCAACAUCUUCGACUCACUCAUUUUAGUCAACAAUAAAUUGCAGCAAAAAGAAGCAGCCGAGGCACUACUUGCAAUGGCUCAAUUAUACGAAACGGAUGCAACCCAAGUCCAAAUUCGAUGGUACGAGAAACUGCAUCGCUACGAGAAGGCAUUGUGUCUGUACAAAGAGAAAUUGGAUGCCAAUCAGGAUGACAUCGACUCAAGACUCGGAUAUAUGCGAUGCUUGGAGGCGUUGGGUGAAUGGUCGGAAUUGAGUCAGGUGUCAAAGGAUUCGUGGGAUAGAAUCACCAACAAAGAAUGUGCUGGACGAUUAGCUGCUGUGUCUGCGUGGGGCCAGCAGGAUUGGCAACAGAUGCAGGAAUACGUGUCAUUUAUCCCAGAAGAAACGCAAGACGGUUCCUUCUAUCGUGCUGUUCUUUGUGUGCACAACGGUGAUUUUGAAAAUGCACAACGGCUUAUCGACGAGACAAGAGAUUUAUUGGACACCGAAUUGACGUCAAUGGCUGGUGAAUCGUAUGAGCGCGCAUAUGGAGCCAUGGUGUGCGUACAAAUGUUGGCAGAAUUGGAAGAGGUGAUACAAUACAAACUCAUUCCCGAACGACGAGAAACCAUCCGUAGCAUGUGGUGGAAACGGCUGCAAGGGGGCCAGCGGUUAGUUGAAGACUGGAGACGAAUCAUUCAAGUGCAUUCAUUGGUAGUGAGUCCUCACGAAGACGUGCACACCUGGCUAAAAUACGCUUCGCUUUGUCGCAAGAGUGGCUCUCUGAACAUUUCCGAAAAAACGUUGGUGAUGCUCUUGGGAACCGAUCCCUCGUUGCAUCCGGAACUUCCGCUGCCGGUCAACAAGCCUCAAGUGACAUUUGCGUACACGAAACAUUUGUGGGUAGCAGGCGAGCACGAAUUAGCCUACAAGCAACUGGACGAAUUUCUCAACACGUUGACGAUGCAAAACAUUUGCUUGUCGGAGGAAAUGAAGGACGAAAAUCGACGUCUGUUGUCGAGAUGCUACAUGAGACUGGGUCUGUGGCAGAACAAAGUUCAAGGAAUCACCGAUCAGUCGAUCAAAGGCAUUUUAGGUUGUUAUGAGAAAGCAACGAAACACGAUCCGAAUUGGUACAAAGCGUGGCACUCAUGGGCUUUUAUGAACUUUAAGGUUGUUCAAGCGAAAAAACACCUUACGCAAGACAAGAUCAAUCAGCAGCCGGGCAACGAAGAAACGUGGGACGCACAAAAAGAGAAAUUCGUAAUCGCUCAGUAUGCCGUACCGGCAGUCGAAGGUUUUUUCCGAUCAAUCAAUCUGUUGCAAGGCAAUUCGUUGCAAGACACACUACGUCUUUUGACUCUCUGGUUUGACUACGGGCAAUAUCCGGAAGUGUUUGAUGCAUUAGUCGAAGGAAUGAAGAUCAUACCGAUCAACACCUGGCUACAAGUAAUUCCACAGCUGAUUGCUCGCAUCGACACACAUCGUAGUUUGGUCGGCCAGUUGAUCCAUCAGCUGUUGAUUGAUAUUGGAAAGAGUCAUCCGCAGGCAUUAGUUUACCCGCUAACGGUUGCCUCUAAGUCAGCUUCGAUUUCACGCAAAAAAGCCGCUCACCGGAUUCUCGGUUCGAUGAGCGACCACUCACCCACACUGGUCGAACAGGCAGUAAUGUGCAGCGAUGAGCUGAUUCGUGUAGCUAUCCUUUGGCAUGAACAAUGGCACGAGGGACUCGAGGAGGCGUCGAGAUUGUAUUUCGGUGAACGGAAUAUUAAGGGAAUGUUUGCCACUCUGGAACCGUUGCACGCGAUGUUGGAACGUGGUCCGCAAACAUUGAAAGAAACAUCAUUUUAUCAGGCGUACGGAAGAGAUUUGACCGAAGCGUUGGAGUGGUGUCAACAUUAUAAGGCGUCCGAAAAUAUUCGCGACCUAAACCAAGCCUGGGACUUGUACUACCAUGUGUUCAGACGAAUUUCACGUCAACUACCACAGUUAACUUCACUGGAACUGCAAUAUGUCAGUCCAAAAUUGCUAGCUUGUAAGGAUUUAGAAUUAGCCGUACCAGGCAGCUACACACCAGGCCAAGAAUUGAUCAGCAUCAAAAGCAUUCAUGCCAAUUUGCAGGUCAUCACAUCGAAGCAACGGCCGCGCAAGCUCUGCAUUUAUGGAAACAAUGGUAAAGACUACAUGUUCCUGCUGAAAGGCCAUGAGGAUCUCCGUCAAGACGAACGUGUCAUGCAACUGUUUGGUUUGGUGAACACACUGCUGCUCAACGAUCCGGACACGUUCCGUCGAAAUUUAACCAUUCAACGUUAUGCGGUCAUUCCACUGAGCACGAAUUCCGGGCUAAUCGGUUGGGUGCCGCACUGUGACACACUUCAUACACUGAUUCGUGACUAUCGCGAAAAACGCAAGACGGUGCUGAAUGUCGAGCAUCGCAUUAUGAUCCGAAUGGCACCCGACUACGACCAUCUGACCCUGAUGCAAAAGGUCGAGGUGUUUGAAUACGCACUGGAAAAGUCGACCGGCGAUGAUCUGGCGAAAUUACUGUGGCUUAAGAGUCCGUCGUCCGAAGUUUGGUUCGAUCGACGAACCAAUUAUACCCGUUCGUUGGCAGUAAUGUCCAUGGUCGGUUACAUACUCGGACUGGGCGAUCGUCAUCCAUCCAAUUUGAUGUUGGAUCGGCUGAGCGGGAAAAUUUUACACAUUGAUUUCGGCGACUGCUUUGAAGUGGCUAUGACUCGGGAGAAAUUCCCCGAGAAAAUUCCGUUCCGUUUGACGCGAAUGCUGAUCAAAGCCAUGGAAGUGACCGGCAUCGAUGGAACGUACCGCCGAACUUGCGAGAGUGUAAUGUCAGUGCUGCGACGAAACAAGGACAGCUUAAUGGCUGUACUGGAAGCGUUCGUCUAUGAUCCGUUGCUGAAUUGGCGUCUGCUCGACACCACCGACAAACUGCACCGAUCGAAGACGAACGAUGGCAUUGGAAGCUUGGAAAAUAGUUUGAACGACGAGGCUAUCUAUUCGCUAAUUAUGAACAACGCCAAUCAAAUGGUGAAUGUUGUGCCGCCGAAAAUCGAUGAAACUGGGGAAAAUGGCAGCGAUACGGUGAACAAUCCCACUGAGGUGACGAACAAGAAGGCGCGCAUGAUUGUUGAUCGAGUGAAGCAGAAACUGACUGGCAACGAUUUCAAUACGAAAGAUGAGAUAACCGUUCAACGGCAGGUCGAUUUACUGAUACAGCAGGCAACAAAUAAUGAAAAUUUAUGUCAAUGUUAUAUAGGAUGGUGCCCGUUUUGGUAAGGAGGAAAGAGGGAGUGGUUGGACAUUUGUUUUCUAAUAUGUUGAUUGGGAUGGGGAGAGACAGGAACAUUUUUAAGACAAAAGAUAGAUGAAGAUCGAUGAUGAAGUGAAUUGUUUCGUUUUUGUAUAAAUACCUGAAAAUUAAUCUUAACUUAUGCUGACAACAGUCGCGCUUUCCGGACAUCAAACAAAGUGUUUUCCGAAUUUCUUUUUUUUUACGAAUAAUUAUACCGUUAACUAAUUUCUGCCCAACACAGCAUUUAGCACAGCCAUUGAUAAGGAAACGUGUUUCAACUACAAAUUGUUUGUUUGUUUUUUUUUUACCUCAAAUCGAGAAAGAAAGAAAAAUUAGAUUUUAAAUACUGAAGCUUUUUAUAAGAGUUGUUUCAUGUACAUAAUAUAUACAAAGAAUAAAACACAAAUUAAGUCAAAAUAGUGAA